AUGGCUGAAGGGAAAGUCGACGUUUCCGUCGAAGCACUAGCCGGCGUGCGUCUUCCAGCGUUCUGGAAGCAGUCGCCCGAAUACUGGUUCAUACACGCAGAGUCCAUCUUCACGACCCAUCGCGUGAACAAUCUCAACACGCGCGUGCAUUUCCUCGUCGGGGCUCUAGAUGAGGACGGCGUGCGGACCGUCGGCGACCUCCUCGGCCCGAACGCAUCGUACGAUUCUUUACGCACCAGACUAAUCAGUGCGUAUGGACAACCUAAGUCUGUUCGUUUUCGCGAGCUGGUCAGACCCGGAGGCAUGGGAGACCGUAGACCCUCGCAACUGCUACGUGAUAUGCGCAGUGUCAUGCCGGACGGUUUCGGAGAGGACGCUUUAAAAGAAUUCUGGUUGCAGAAGCUCCCAGCCAACAUCGUGGCCAUCAUUUCCGGUUUCGAAGGCUCUUUGGACUCAAUCGCCACCCGCGCGGACAGAGUAAUGGAAGCUGCCAACUCACAUAACAUCGACGCCGUGGCCAAAGAUCCGAUAGCGGAGUUGACUAACGUAGUUUCGUCGCUCGCACAACAAGUGCAGUCAAUGGCUAAGGUCGUUUUCGCGCCCCAGCAGAGUGAUCGUCCAUCGACGCAAUGGACUGCUCAGCUAGCUACGGAUUUGUGUUACUUCCAUGAGCGAUUCAGCAACAACGCCCGCAAGUGCCGUCCACCGUGUAACUUCAAAUCGAAGUCCAAAGAACACACUACCCCGACGCCGGCGGAAAACUAA